CUUCUUCAUUUCGAGUAAACUUCAAAAUGAUAACUUGGAAUAUGUCAAAAUGGAUGUGUCUGGACAAAAGUGAAAAAAGUUUCUGGUUGAUUCAAUAUUUAUCUAAAAUAUUGGGGUCCAAAUCUAAUUGACACCCAGAAGUUGUGAAAUUUUAUUACAAGUGCAUGCAAUAAAAAAAUAUCCCUUGCCAUUUUCAAUAAUGUCUAUAUAAGUUCUACACAGCUUACAUCUGAUGAGUACAAAAACUGAUAAAAUCAUCGGCCAUGGCUACCGACGGAGGUGAGAAGUCAACGACGAACCCAGCCCUUGAACCGGAUCGCGAUUCACCGGUCCAACCGGGUCUUGAAUUGGCCCAAUUCGCCGCCGGAUGUUUCUGGGGCGUGGAAUUGGCCUUCCAGAGACUCGAAGGCGUGGUGAAGACAGAGGUGGGUUAUUCUCAGGGCCACGUUCACAACCCGAAUUAUAAACUGGUCUGCACCGGAACCACCAACCAUGCUGAAGUUGUUCGAAUCCAUUUCCACCCGAAUGUCUGCCCGUAUACUAACUUGCUCUCCCUUUUCUGGUCUCGCCAUAACCCGACCACUCUCAAUCGCCAGGGUGGUGAUGUUGGUACACAAUAUCGGUCUGGUAUUUACUACUAUAAUGAGACCCAGGCUCAAUUGGCACGAGAGUCACUGGAAGAAAAGCAGAAGGACUAUAAAGAUACAAAGAUUGUGACUGAGAUUCUUCCUGCAAAGACAUUUUAUAGGGCUGAAGAGUACCACCAGCAGUAUUUGGAGAAAGGUGGAGGCAGAGGUAAUAAACAGUCUGCCGCGAAAGGUUGCAAUGACCCAAUCCGUUGCUAUGGUUGAUGAUACUGCAGUUCGUAUACGCUUUAUGGUGGUUCAAUAAAUGCUCGAAGUGAUACAGUUUGCAAAGUGUCCUAUGAUAUUAUCAAACUUUUGAAAGUGUAUUUUAACUCCUCAAUCUUCAGUUUUAUCCUAUCACCACCAUAUUGUCUUAUUAACUAUGAGAACAUCAUAUGAUAAAUGAGAGUAUGACCUGUUUAAAGAUGUCUUUUUGGUCGGAGAAUGAGAUUAAUGAAUUUUGGUUAGUAUUGGUAUGAAAACUUACCUGCUGUGGUGGUAUGCACCAAAGAAACUGUGCUUUCUAGAUGUCCUGAAUUUCGUUAAUGUUUGAAGAAUGGAUUUUGGAUGUAGAAAUAUCUUUCAUCUUGGAAGUAUCAAAUUCUUUCUUCUUGUUCUUACAUUGAGGAAAGAAGCAAGAAUACUCGAGGUUUGGGUGUGUGUUUCAGAUAAGAAAUGGAAGGUGUGGUUUGAGAGUUUUUCCAUUCUCUGAUACUGGGGUAUUGUCUACUGCAGUGUCCAAAUCAAGUGCUAUACUUGGAAUUGUUUGGUUUCUGGAAAUGGUAUUUUGCCUGAUGCGUCUAAUGUCCUUGUGGAAAUUAUACCAACUCCUGGUUUUUCCAUUUUAAAGUCUGCUCUACUUAAUUUGAACUGCAACAUACGAAGUUAGCACGCUAAAAGGCAGCAGGAAACAGAAAUGUUCUCUAUGUCUUUCAGUUCAAUGAAAAAUGGAAACACAGAAAACAGGACAUAUGCUUUAUUUACUAAUCAAAUCCAUUAAUCUACAGAUUUGACAUCAAUAACAUCACAUCAGUGUGAAGUUGUGUGAAAUUGAACUGAAAGCAUUGAACAUUAAAAGAGUUGACGAGAACUGCAACUCAGACAUCAAAGGGACACAAAUCUUCAGUUAAGGCAGCAGAGAAGCAAGGCUGCUUGUUCAGAGUUCAUCCUUAGUCUCGGAAGCACCGAUUGGAUUGCUGGAGGAGUUCUUGACUGGAUAAGAGGGUUCAAUGGCUAUACCACAAAGUCCCUCCUUAUCAUCGAUUCCACGCUCCAUUCUUAUGUAUCCUUUCUCUCCCCAUUCAGUUCCCCAAGAGUUCCUGACAAUCCAGUAUUUGGUUCCAUCUUGGGUUGUUCCAUAGCCUACGAUUGCGACACCAUGAUCCAGUUCUUUGCCACAUUCUCCGGUAAACACUCCCU